AUGGAUUUUAAACGAACGCCGAGUGCUGAUUCACUAGGAACUGCCCAUUCAGUGUACAGCUCCAACACCCCAACACGAUCAAGAUCAAAUAUCGGAUCAAGAACAAGCAUCUCAGUAUUGCCCAGUUUGCCUGCAAACGUCUCGAAUGAGAGCAUUGAAGAAGAAACUCAUAACCGCCCUAAUAUAGAUGAAAGACUUGAGCGUGAGGCAACCCCAGAGAACAGCUAUGUGGAAUUUGACUUGCUGUCAGUUGACCAGAAGAACAGCACGAAUGAUUCUAAUUUUGUUUCAGAGAAGAUAAUAUCGCCCAAUAUAAAUAUACUUGAUAAUGGUGCUUUCGAAACUGACAAAGAUAAGGUAGAUGAGGUUGGAAAGAAGGCUGAGGAUUCUGAGAAUGACUUCUUUGAUAUGAAAACGUCUGAUUGGAAAUCAAUGAAAACAAUUACAGAGAUAGACUAUUAUAAUGACAAAGGGGAACUCGAGUACGAACAUGCGAGUGAAUUUGAUCCGUCAAAGGUCAAAUUUGAUGCUCGUGGGUACACGAAGAUCGAUACAGAAGAACAGGUUGCCAAAUAUGCAGAGCUCGAUAAGAAGACUGAUUUUUUGUUUCAAAAUAGGAGAGAGAUAAAUAAAAAUACAGAAGCAGCGGCAUAUCUUAAAGAAGACUUGGAAUAUGCAUCUGACGAAGAAAAUUCUGAAUAUGAGGAUGAUGAUAAUUUAGACUCGAAUGAAACCUUACAAACAAUGAGAAAUAUGUUGACAGAUGGCCAAAAAUUUGCAUAUGUUGGUACUACUAAAUUAAUAGCGGUCGAUAUGGCUACUGAGUUAGCGAAAAUUAAACAAUCAACGUCUAACAGGGUAGCAAAAGAAUUAAGUUUAGGCCAGCGUAACUUUGCAAACUGGACGAUGUAUAUAAUGUCCAAACUAUAUGAGCAUAUGAAUUUAAGUAAGGAUGAACAAGACAUGAUUGAGAAUCUAAGCAAGCAUGGUGUUGAAGUUGCUGAUUUAUGCAAUAGCCUAAACCAAACAGAAACCAUUAAAUCUACUUCACAGCAAAAGCAAACUCAAGAACGCGAGAUUGAUGAUUCAAAUAAUGUAAAAACUGAAAUAUGUGACAAUACUGAAGUGACUGUUGAUCUAAGAUGGACAAUUAUAUGUGACUUAUUACUUUUGUUGUUAAGUGAUGGCUAUUAUGAUAGUAGAUCGCGUUCAUUAUUGGUUAUGUUUGCUGAAAAAAUGGGUAUAUCACAUUUAGAAAUCCUUCAAUUUGAACGUCGUUUGAUUGAAAGUUUGGAAAUGGAUACAAAUAGUAAAUCAAUUGAAAAUAAGGAUGAGAAAUUGAAUGAUAGACAAUUCAUAGAAAAGUACAUAAAGAAAAACAAGAAAAAGAGAUAUGCUUAUAUUGGCCUUGCCACUUUAGGUGGAUCUCUUGCAAUUGGUCUCUCAGCCGGAUUAUUGGCACCAGUUAUUGGGAUGGGUAUUGCAACAGGAUUAACAACAGUUGGCAUUACAGGUACUAGCGGUUUCUUAGCAGGAGUUGGUGGUAGUGCUAUUAUCACCACUGGAGGAGUUCUAACGGGGGCCAAGGUUGGGUCAAAAGCAGGUGCAAGAAGAUUGGGUGAUGUUCAUACGUUUGAACUAAAACCCUUAUACAAUACAAAGAGAACAAAUUUGAUUAUUACAGUCAGUGGGUGGAUGAAUGGUAAAAUGGAUGAUGUAAGGUUGCCGUUCUCGACAGUUGAUCCUGUUAUGGGUGAUAUGUUCUCUCUUCUUUGGGAGCCAGAAAUGUUACAGUCUAUGGGCCAAACUAUUGGUAUAUUAGCUAGUGAAGCUUUGAGUACUUCCAUCCAACAAAUUCUUGGAGCGACGAUUUUAUCAACAUUAAUGGCUGCGAUCCAAGUCCCCAUGGCUUUAUCAAAAUUGACAUACUUACUUGAUAACCCCUGGAAUGUGUCCUUGGAUAGGGCUUGGAAGGGUGGAAAAAUAUUAGCAGAUACUUUGAUAUCCGGUAAUAUGGGUGUCAGACCUAUAACUUUAGUAGGGUUUUCAUUAGGUGCACGUUUAAUUUAUUCAUGCUUAAUAGAGUUAGCCAAACGUGGUGGAUACGGCUUGAUUGAAAAUGUCAUUAUAUUAGGUUGUCCAAUUGCAAUUAAGAAUGAUCAACUUGGACUAGCUAGGUCUGUCGUUAGUGGAAGGUUUGUUAACGGAUUUUCAAAAAGAGAUUGGAUUCUAGGGUAUUUAUUUAGAGCUACUGGAGGAGGUAUUCUGUCAGUUGCAGGCUUAUCUCCAAUAGAGAGCGUAUACGGAAUAGAGAACAUUGAUUGUACUGAUAUCGUGGAAGGACAUAUGGCUUAUAGAAAAGCUAUCCCUAAGAUUUUGAAAGCAAUUAAUUGGGAAAUUUUGAGCGAAGAGUUCGCCGAAAUUGAAGAACCCGACCCUGAACAAAAGGAAAGACAAAGGAAGUUGAUCGAUGAGUUCGAUGAAGCACGAGCAAAGAUGAAGGAAGAAAUGGAUACAGAAGAAAGCAAGAAGAAAACUUGGAAAAAUUUCUUCAGGCCGAACCAAAAGGAUUGGUGGAAUGUAUACGGUGAAGGUAAGUCUAAAGGUACAGAAAAGAGUGAACCAUAUACCGAUCCGUCCGAAGAACUGAAUCAGCCUGACACUCAAACCAAUAAUCCAAUUUUUGAUGUUACUGCCUUGCUUGAAGAGGCAAACAAUGUCGAACGUCUUGCAGAAGAAGAUCCAAAGAUCUUGGAAUCAUUGAGGAAGGAAGUUGAUACUUCUGUAAAGCCUACGAAGCUCAAUGAAGAAAUUGAAGAAGAAGAAAAGUCGACAAGUGUAGUAAGUUCUUUGGCCAAUAAGUUUGGAGUGAAAAAAGACGUCGACUCGGGUACGAAGGAUUAA